AUGGGAAGUAAUGCAUCGAGUGCCCGUGGAAGACCGAACAUAAUUAGAGGAGGGGAAGGAGGGGCACGAGGUGUAAACUUUUUGUUCGUGUCACCUUCAUUUGCUAAAUCUGCAUGUAUGACUUUUGUGCCAGUUGACAAUAUAUUAGUAGUUGAUACUGCUAAUAGUCAAGAACCUGUUGCUUUUGUGUUCAAUAAUUGCAUUAAUGAAAUUGAGGGAUAUGCAAAGAAAGAAAAAGGUAAGCAAGAGUCGAUUCCAGUUGUAUGUGACUAUCUAGAAGUCUUUCCGGAAGAUUUGACAGGGCUACCGCCUGAUAGAUCUAUUAAGUUUAAGAUUGAUCUGGUACCCGAGGCAGCGCCAGUAGCAAGAGCACCAUAUCAGCUAGCACCAUCGGAAUUAAAAGAAUUGGUUACUCAGUUGAAAGAUCUUCUUGACAAUGGUUUCAUCAAACGUAGUACCUCACCCUGGGGUGCUCCGGUUCUGUUUGUCAAGAAGAAUGAUGGAUCAAUGCGGAUGUAG